AUGUCGGUAACGGACAGCUCCCCGGACAAUGAGAUCCUGGAGUAUAUCCAGAAAUUGGCUGAGACGAAGAAAGCCCUCCCUUAUGGGCAGCCGAUCUGUGCCUUGGCCUCUCACACCAUCACAGACACCGAGAGUCUUGUGCAACUCGCUGAGGAGGUCGGUCCGCAUAUCGCUAUUUUGCAGAUUCAAGCCCACAUCAUCGAUGACUGGUCAAAUCACACUAUCGACCAAUUGACCUACCUCUCUAAGAAGCACGGUUUCAUUUUGUGGGAGGGCAGUCGAGUCUUGAACUCCCUCGUCAAUUUCAUGUGUCGCGACAGUACCAAUUGGGAACAACGAAAAGUCCUCGCCGAUGUGAUCAAACGAAAUUAUACAAACGGACCCGUGAAGGUGGGUCGGUGGGCGGGAAUGGCGACUGCGUGGGCCCCCGGGGCACCGGUAGACAAGCAAGAAGAGGACGUUCUGAUUCCUACCCUCCGAAAGGCAGCGCGCGAGGCUGUUGCAAGUACAUACAAAACCAUUCAGACGGAAAUCUCGGCUGCGGACAACGAGGAUUGCCCGGAGGGAGACGCGACGGAGGAAAUAACUACGACAAAUGGCUGGCCUGAAUUCAGUUCAAACAAUGGGAUUUCAAUGCGCAAAUCCUCGACGAUUUCUGUCACCGAGACCAUCACUAUGCAGCCUCACAUUCAACCGGAGGAUGGCGUUCCACCUCCACCAUUCCUCGCUCGAGGCCUGGUACUCAGCUUGCCAAGUGCCGGUGGUUCUGCAUUCACACCUGAAUUCCGACAGAGCACAAUAGCUGCUGCAUGUUCGAACCGGGACUUUGUGGUCGGAUUUCUCUCCAGUGAGCCAUUUUUCACCGAAUACCAUGGGAACAACGUGAUGGAGCUGGCCAUUUUGGACGGGAGACAAGGCGCAAAGGGUCGAAACCUGCUUGCAUCAUCACAUUUACUGGAAAAGCAAAAUCCAUUGGGUCUUUUCUCCCUAAUUCCGCCUGAAUUAGCGGCGAACUUUGAGUCCGAUCCUGUUCACAUCCUAAAAGGGGAUGUCGAUUCACCAGAGGCACAGCCUGAAAGCGUCAUGAAACUAUACUAUAUAGUUCGCCAGGCAUUGAGACUACGGGACGCCAACCGGAAAGACAAAGAGGCCAAUAAAGAAGAGACGCACAUCCGCUCGGGGCCGAAUAUCGUGCAUUUCCCGAUGGUUAUCCUGCCAUGA